GGGCUCGGCUCGCUCCCUGGUCCUUAAAUGACAGCAAAUGAGGUAAACCCAGGAGGGUGGGGACGGAAGGGGAUGGGAGGGGGGCAAAAGGAAGCCAUCUCCGGGCCCCUGAGCGUUGGCUGAGGACGGGAGCCAGCCAGUGAGCGGAGCCGGAGAGAGGGAGGAGCACAUCUCGUUGCGGAGAUGCCGCAGUGGCUCCGGGAGCGCACACACACGCUCCCUCACCCGCCACCGCGCCGCGGCCGCCGCACUAGGACGGCCAGCGGCUGAGGCCGGCAGGGCCGAGCGGAGGGCGACGAGCGGCCGGAGGCCCCGGGUCACCGACUCGUCAGCGUCUACCUGCCCGGCCACCACCCUUCUUUCACUCCAGGUCCUUGUCAGCCUCCAGCCAGACUCUCCCCAGGCUGCACUGAGGCUCAUCCCCUCCGAUCCCCACCUCUGCCCAGAACACCCACCAUGGGGACACCUGCCAGGAGGAGGCCACAUGUGCUGCUGCUGGCUGCUGUAACCCUGGUCUCUUCUCCAGCCUGGAGUUCAGUACAAGGAUCCCCGAGCACCUUUGGGCCUGUCUUUGAAGACCAGCCCCUAAGUCUGUUGUUCCCAGAGGAGUCCACAGAGGAGCAGGUGUUGCUGGCAUGCCGUGCCCGGGCCAGCCCUCCAGCGACAUACCGGUGGAAAAUGAAUGGCACUGAGAUGAAGCUGGAGCCAGGUUCCCGUCACCAGCUGGUGGGGGGUAACCUGGUCAUCAUGAACCCCACCAAGACACAGGAUGCCGGUGUCUACCAGUGCCUGGCCUCCAACCCAGUGGGCACUGUUGUCAGCAGGGAGGCCAUUCUCCGCUUUGGCUUUCUACAGGAAUUCUCCAAGGAGGAGAGGGAUCCAGUGAAAACCCACGCAGGCUGGGGGGUGAUGCUGCCCUGUAACCCACCUGCCCACUACCCAGGCUUGUCCUACCGCUGGCUCCUCAACGAGUUCCCUAACUUUAUCCCGACGGAUGGGCGUCACUUCGUGUCCCAGACCACAGGGAACCUGUACAUUGCCCGGACCAAUGCCUCGGACCUGGGCAACUACUCCUGCUUGGCCACCAGCCACAUGGACUUCUCCACUAAGAGUGUCUUCAGCAAGUUUGCUCAGCUCAACCUGGCUGCUGAAGAUACCCGGCUCUUUGCACCCAGCAUCAAGGCCCGGUUCCCAGCAGAGACCUAUGCGCUGGUGGGGCAGCAGGUCACACUGGAAUGCUUUGCCUUUGGGAACCCUGUCCCCCGGAUCAAGUGGCGCAAAGUGGAUGGUUCCUUGUCUCCUCAGUGGGCCACAGCUGAGCCCACCCUGCAGAUCCCCAACAUCAGCUUUGAGGAUGAGGGCACCUAUGAAUGUGAGGCGGAGAACUCCAAGGGCCGAGACACCGUCCAGGGCCGCGUCAUCGUGCAGGCUCAGCCCGAAUGGCUCAAGGUGAUUUCUGACACUGAGGCUGACAUAGGCUCCAACCUCCACUGGGGCUGCGCAGCUGCUGGCAAGCCCCGGCCCGCUGUGCGUUGGCUGCGGAACGGAGAGCCUCUGGCCUCCCAGAACCGGGUGGAGGUGUUGGCCGGAGACCUGCGGUUCUCCAAGCUGAGCCUGGAGGACUCAGGCAUGUACCAGUGUGUGGCAGAGAACAAGCAUGGCACCAUCUACGCCAGUGCCGAGCUGGCCGUGCAAGCACUUGCCCCUGACUUCAGGCUGAGUCCUGUGAGGCGGCUGAUCCCUGCAGCCCGUGGUGGAGAGGUCAUUAUCCCCUGUCAGCCCCGGGCCGCUCCGAAGGCCGUGGUGCUCUGGAGCAAAGGCACUGAGAUUUUGGUCAACAGUAGCAGAGUGACUGUAACUCCAGAUGGCACGUUGAUCAUAAGAAACAUCAGUCGGUCAGAUGAAGGCAAAUACACCUGCUUUGCAGAGAACUUCAUGGGCAAAGCCAACAGCACUGGGAUCCUGUCUGUGCGCGAUGCAACCAAGAUCACCCUAGCCCCCUCGAGUGCUGACAUUAACUUGGGUGACAACCUGACCUUACAGUGUCAUGCCUCCCAUGACCCCACCAUGGACCUCACCUUCACCUGGACCCUGGAUGACUUCCCCAUCGACUUUGAUAAGCCUGGGGGGCACUACCAGAGGGCUAAUGUGAAGGAGACUGUAGGGGAUCUGAGCAUCCUGAAUGCCCAGCUGCGCCACGGUGGGAAGUACACCUGCAUGGCCCAGACGGUGGUGGACAGCGCAUCCAAGGAAGCCACGGUCCUAGUCCGAGGUCCGCCAGGUCCCCCAGGAGGUGUGGUGGUGAGAGACAUCGGUGACACCACUAUCCAACUGAGCUGGAGCCGUGGCUUUGACAACCACAGCCCCAUUGCCAAGUACACCCUGCAAGCUCGCACUCCACCUGCAGGGAAGUGGAAGCAGGUUCGGACCAAUCCUGCAAACAUUGAGGGCAACGCUGAGACUGCCCAGGUGCUGGGCCUUACGCCCUGGAUGGACUAUGAGUUCCGGGUCUUAGCCAGCAACAUCCUGGGCACUGGCGAGCCCAGUGGGCCCUCCAGCAAGAUCCGGACCAAGGAGGCAGCCCCCUCUGUGGCACCCUCAGGACUCAGCGGAGGAGGUGGAGCCCCUGGAGAACUCAUCAUUAACUGGACGCCCAUGGCACGGGAGUACCAGAACGGAGACGGCUUCGGCUACCUGCUGUCCUUCCGCAGGCAGGGCAGCACUCACUGGCAGACCGCCCGGGUGCCCGGCGCCGAUGCCCAGUACUUCGUCUAUAGCAACGAGACCAUCCGGCCUUACACACCCUUCGAGGUCAAGAUCCGCAGCUACAACCGCCGCGGGGAUGGGCCUGAGAGCCUCACUGCACUUGUGUACUCGGCUGAAGAAGAGCCCAGGGUGGCCCCCACCAAGGUCUGGGCCAAGGGGGUCUCAUCCUCAGAAAUGAACGUGACGUGGGAGCCUGUGCAGCAGGACAUGAAUGGUAUCCUCUUGGGGUAUGAGAUUCGCUACUGGAAAGCUGGGGACAAAGAAGCAGCUGCUGACCGGGUGAGGACAGCAGGGCUGGACAUUAGUGCCCGAGUCACUGGCCUGCACCCCAAUACCAAGUACCAUGUGACCGUGAGGGCCUACAAUCGGGCUGGCACUGGGCCUGCCAGCCCGUCCACCAAUGCCACAACCAUGAAGCCCCCUCCACGACGACCUCCAGGCAACAUCUCCUGGACUUUCUCAAGCUCCAGUCUUAGCAUUAAGUGGGACCCUGUGGUUGCUCUCCGGAAUGAAUCUGCAGUGACUGGUUAUAAGAUGCUAUACCAGAAUGACUUGCACCCGACUCCCACACUUCACCUCACCAGCAAGAACUGGAUAGACAUACCGGUCCCUGAAGACAUUGGCCAUGCCCUGGUACAGAUUCGGACCACAGGGCCUGGAGGGGAUGGGAUCCCGGCAGAAGUCCACAUCGUGAGAAAUGGAGGCACAAGCAUGAUGGUGGAGAACUCAGCGGUCUGCCCAGUGCUGCAUCCUGGCACCAUUCUGACCCACUCUGUGGUGAUGCUGGUCCUCAUAGGCUCUCUGGAGCUCUGAUCUCAGCACCCUCCCUCUGCACCACCGCUGGACACCAACUCCGACAGACACAGCCAGCUGGCUCUGGCCCCUUCUUGCUGAAAGGUGGCUCAACACUGUGCCUGAGAGUGAUUGGUUUUAAACACCUAACUUUAAACAGUGCUCUUUUUGUAGGAGGUAGGAUAUUUUAUAUUCUGCCAGAGGUUAGAACCCACAUGAAGAUUUUUUUCUUUAAAUCAAGAAGCACUAGGCAGUAAUGUUCCAUGAUGGUACUAAAUCCUAUGCCUGGACCCUCUACAGUGCCUGGAUGGAAGGAACAGGCCUAGGGGAAGAAGGGGUUUUAAAUACGUAUCUUCAACUCAGCAGAGACGGCACUCCAGGACCACAUAUGGACUCUGCCACUUGAGAGCAGGGGCCAAGGCCCAGCAGGAGAACCAGACAUGAACGGGGCUGAGGAAGUGAAACAAGCCAACAUCACCACCCUUUAGUCUGAGAAAAGGGGCAAACCUUGGGACCAAGAACUCUUCCUACUUUCUCCUCUUGAAGAGCCAUACUGCUGGACCUCGAUGAGGGCCCCUGCAUGCCCAAGUGGCUGAGAACCAAUGCCUUGAGCCUGAGCUCCUUUGACUUUUGGGGAGGAUACUCCAGUCUGCUAGGGGUAGGAGCUGAAAAGGGUUGAGAGACCAGGACACCUGGUGGAAAGGGGUACCAGCCUUGGCCUGAAGCAGUCACAAUCCAGGUGUUGUUACUCUCAUCCAACACUGCCAACCCGACCCUGUCAUCCCCAGGGUGACAUGGCCACUUACAGAGGCUAGGUGGCUAAAGGGCUUGUCUCGGGGAGGUCUACCACCCCACCAAGACCCAUCCUGCACAGUCCCUCCAGGGUUUGGGCUGGAGACAGCCAACUGUGUACCCGCCUCUCUCUCCAGCUCUGCCUGAGACCUGCGGCCACCCCCCAGCACUGACUCAUCCACCUGGGAGAGUAAUACAGCAUUAAUUUGUGUCCUGCAAUCGGGAGGCUUCUGAGAAAGGCAGAGGAUAAUUAAACGUGGCCCUGUAUGCUCCCACGAUUGGCAAGAACCACUCCCCAGAAAUGCCUUGGACUGCUCUUUUGCAUUUCCCCAGAAGGAAAUGGGUUUAAUAAAUGGGACAUCCUAUUUUGAGCUCUGGGUAUAUUAUCAGUCACAGAAUGAUAGAGUUAGCAGAGGCCUUUGAGCUCAACUUUUCCAAACCCCUCACUUUAUAGAUGAGGAACUGAAGGCCCAGAGAGCGUUAGGGACUUCCCAAGGUCACACACAGCGUGUAAGUGAUGGGGCUGAGACAAGAAAUUGACUCUCUCACCUUCCUGUUCAAGGCUCUUUGUCUAUCCAGAGGAAGGAGCGAGUGCUCUGGCCUGGCCAAGAAGGUGGUUAAGGCCAGUGGGGUGUGAAAAUUCUGCUUCAAGGGGAUUGGCAUGGCUGGGUCCCAGCCCAAGGCACAGGCAGAUUCCAGGAGACAUCCAGUCCUACUUUGCCUUCUGAGCCUAGCUUCUGCUGUGACCUCAAGAUGCAGUGUUAGCUUGAAGCUCCCAGUGCCCCCCACCCUUGUCCAAGAAAAGAAGCCAAAGCCAGAACAGAUUCCCCAAAUCCAGGUAACAGUGGCAGUAUGACCAGAAAACCCCAGAGCCCAUGCUUUGACAGGUGGCCCUCCACCAGGAGCAGUGGGACAGGCAUCCUGAAGGGCAAUGUCCCCGGAAGCUCCCUGAGCCUGUUUUCUGUAGUUUACAGUUAGAGUUCUAUUUUGUUAUGGUUUUUUAAACUUUUAAGUCCUGCUCUAUUUUCCUGGGCAGGUUUGUGUUGAUGUUUACCCGCUACAAUUUUUAAAAAAUGUAAGCUCAUUUGCCUUCUGUCACCACUAAACCCAUGUCCCAACCCAACCCCAGGACAGCUUCCCUGGAGCUGGCUGAUCAAAUCCUCUGCACCUGUUCCCACUCCCAUAUGCAAGGGUGCUAGGGGCUCAGGUGUGUGACCAUUCUUCCCUAAUAGGGACCCCAAACUUGGUCUAGCACCCUUCCUGGUCCAUGUUGGCUUUGAUUUGGCCUGCCUGGCUCUCUAUCAGAAAGAAGAUGCUGAAGCAAACAAACGUUCUUCCAAGGCUUAUCUGAUUCUUUCCCCACUGCCUCGGGCUGCAGUGGGGACAGGUGUCUAACUGUUGGGCUGGGAGGGAUGAGCUGGCAAAUUGGAGGCUGUAGCCCCUAAGCUAGCUUGAGACAAGAUACUUACUCAGGACUAAGUACCUUAAUUCUCAGGAGGUCCAUUCAGAAGGGGAGGAAGGCGGACCUGUUGGGGGACCCAGAAAGGGUUUUUAACCAGGAAAACCUAACCGCUGUGCUGACAGAAUCUGAGGAACAUGGAACUAUACUAAAACACAUGUUCCUGCAGUCUAGAGAUUUCAGGUAGAGUACUAGCCAAGGUUUAUUAGGUGGUAGGUGACUUGAGAACAUGCAAGUGUGUAAAAUGGAACAGCCUCUUGCUGGGGAUGGCUUGUACAUGUACUUACUCAGAGAAGUCUAGAUGUCUUCUAGACGUCCUCGUGCUCAAGCUUCUCUGACUUUUGUCUUCUCUGCUUAGUUGGGCUGGUGGGGGCAGGGAGUGUGGCGCCCUCUCACUACGGUCAAGACUCAGUCUGGAGUCUCACCUCUCUGACACACCAAGCCCAAGGAAGUUACACCGAGUAUUCUGUCCCACAGCUUAGUGGCCAAAGGACUAAGGACCAAAAGGUGUUUGCAGGCCAGUUCACACUCCACUGGCCUGUAAACGCCUCUUCAGGCCCCAUGGAGAUGAGAGCCCUCCAUUCUGCAUACGCUUGGGCUCAGCCUGCAGAGCCCUUUGCUCCUUGCCGUGGCUACUAGUCCUUAUUGCUUUAUCAGUCCAGAUGUCUACCCCACCCUCAGGGGAGGGCAGCUCUCUCCAGAUGGAGUCUUAGGGCCCAGCAAGUUCAGAUUAUCUACUUCCAUUCAGGGCAUCAAAGAUACAGACGGUGCCAGCGAGCAGCAAGGCCAUGGGGAAAGGGAAGAAGGGUGGUAUUUUUCUCUUUUGAUAAAGUAACAAUAGGAGAGAGUGAGGCUAGAUGUUAAAAAAAAAAAAGAAAGAAAGAAACUUAUGCAAUGUGAUCCUAGAAUAAGGGAAAGGUUUCUUUUUUAGAGACCUUUGAGGAAUUUUGAUAGCUGCUGAUGUGGGGUCUAACACAGGUGAAGCUGUGACAAGAGGCAUGGGAGAGGCUGCAAGUAUCCUUCCAGGGCUGCGAUUCUUAGAAUCAGAAAGUGUUUGGCACAGGAGUCUUGCUGAGGUUCCUAUAUCUUAAAGGAAGUCAUCGAGGGGUAGGUGCACCAGAAUUCUGGCUACAACCCAUUGCUCUUCCCAGUGUAUGCAGCAUCUUAGCAGUCCCAAGAGCCUCCAGCCUGGACUCUGGACAAAAGCCCAAGAUGGUAAAAAAUGUUUCAACCCCUUACUCUCUUCCCCGGCUACAUAGGAAUCUUCUCUUGCUGGUUUCAGAAUGGGACUGCCAAUUGGGCUGUGUUGGAGAGACAGCAAUAUCCUCACACCUGUGGUGCUCUCUCUGGGCCAGACCUAACCUGGGCUUCAUCCUGGGCAUGAAUGGGGUUGCCAAAGAAGCUUCUAGAGUAGUGGGAAAGGGAUUUGAUGGCCAUUUUUCUAAAGGCCUUCAAAGAGCUCCAUGGAACAGGCACCUGGUGACUAAAGCAUGCCCAUGGACUUGUAUAUAUGGUCAUAGGCUCUGGGAAGGCAGGAUAACAAAGGAAAACUGGAGAGAAUCAAAAUGGGUCAGUUUAACCCACAGCCCCACGCCUUUGGCACUUAGCACCCUUAGAUGGGGUUCAUCCUGCCUGGGCCCCAAGACUCCUCCAACUUACCCACCCCAUCCAGGGCCUACACAGCUUAAAGAGGCUCACAGCUCAGCAAGUGCUCGGGACUCACUGGACCAGUGACUUAACUUGACCAGUGUUUGUUAAAAUGGAACCACUCCCACUGGCCUAUUGUUCCUGUCUUGUACUUCUUGUAAUGCUAGUUAUUUAUUGACUCUGGUAGCAGGCAGUUCUUAAAUAAAGAUGGUUUCUCAACCUG